AUGGACGAUAGUCAAUAUAAUCAAUCGAGUCAAUCUCGAUUUGGUGUACCGCCGGCUUUCUCUGGUGAUCGCAAGGUGUCUGCACCACCGGCACCCCCCAGCCGUAGCCCUGUACCAGGCGGGCCUCCCCCUCCGCCGCCUCGCACAGCGAGCCCAGCAGCACCACCCCAACUGCCCCCCAAAGUGCCGUCCAUGGCCACUGGACCUCCUCCUCCACCCGCCAGGGGCCCCGUUUCACCUCCACUUCCACCCCCACCCGCACCUCGACCCGUGCCAGCUGCACCGUCUUCUCCUGCGGCAGCUCCUCCUCCUCCUCCACCACCAAGAGGACCGGCCUCGCCUCCCCCUUCAUAUUCUCCUAGCAUUCCUCCGCCGCCGCCGCCUGGCUCUGCAGCACCGGGGCCCCCGCCUCGCCCGCCCCCGGGCCGUGGUGGCCCCUCAAUGCCUCCCCCUCCCCCUCCUCCGGCGCCUGUUUCAGGGGCACCAGGUGGACCGCCGCCGCCGCCUCCACCCCCUGGACCGCCUGGAGGUGGUGCUCCUCCUCCGCCUCCACCCCCUGGACCACCUGGAGGUGGUGCUCCUCCUCCGCCUCCUCCGCCUGGUGGUGCUGCGCCGCCCUUGCCAAAGCCUACCGGUGGGCAUAACGAUCUGCUAGCGUCCAUCCGAGCUUCUGGUGGCAAUAAAGGUGGAAUGUUGCGUAAGGUCAAGGAUACGGAAAAGAAAGAUCGAAGUCAUGCCUUGGUACCGGGUGCUACCAAUGAGUCUUCCGCUACAAGCCCCAAUGCAGGAGGCGCCCCGCAAGGUGGUUUGGCCGGCGCAUUGCAAGACGCCCUCAACAAGCGAAAACAGAGAGUCAGCGGAAGUGAUGACGAGAAAGACAACGACGACGAUUGGUGA